CUGAGAUGAAGUUGGAUACUUAACCCACUGAACCACCCAGGCACCCCAAAGCUAUUUUUGGUUUGCUUUUUGUUUUUGUUUUAUGUGUUUUGGUCAGUUUAACCCGAGAGUCGUGAUAGAAAUAUAACAUAAAUAUCUUAAACAUUUUGUUUUAACCUAAAACAACUAUAUGCUCUGUUGCCAAUCUGAGAAAGCCAUGGCGUUUUCUUUGCACAAGUUCUGCUGAUUAGAGUUUUGUGUUGCAUUUCUUGCAUAAACUACACCUCUAAACCAUCAGCAAAGAUUUCCUAAGAUUUUAUUCCUUUAAGAGGAAAAUAAAGGCACUUGCAGAGCUAUCUGAGUGCAGAUUUCUCCUUUAUAAUCUUUUAUUGUGAUCUCACACAUUCAAACAGCUCACAGUUUGGGGGUCUUUCCAGAAUAUUAAACAUUAGAUUUUAAAGAAACAAUGAAAUUUAUUUCCACACUAUUUCAUCGCUUUACAUAUUACUAAAUUAUGAAAGCAGAAUAACAAGUACAACUGGCAUAAACAGGUUUGGGAACAAACACAGGUAACUCACUGUCAGAUUGUACUGAUAGGAGCAGAAGUAGACAGAUUCACAGGAGAGUAGUUUCCUAAUCAGCAUGAUGUGGGAAUUAGCAGUUUAUGAUUUAUAAAGGAAAUAGAAUGAGUUAAUUGGUUAGAGUUUUUAGUGUAAGUAGACUAAGAGAGCAACUACUAUACCUCUACAUUUUAAUUAUUUUACUGUGUGUCUAUCGCCUUCAUAGAGACGUAGAGCAUUCUGAGGGCAGAGAUAGUGCCUGGCUAUUAAAGGAAACUUUGGGGGAAUCCCUAAAAGUUCUUCUAUCACUGUAUAGAUCUUUAAUCUUCUUAUGAAAACAAAUGAAAUUCUGAAAAACGAACAGUUGUUUUUAAGACAUUUACAUUAAUUCAUGGGUCCCUCAAGAAAAGUAAAUGUAAUAUUGCACAUUUCCUUGUUAAAAGCUUAUAUUAAUUUCCUAAGGCUGCCAUAACAAAUUACCACAAACUGGAUAGCUAAAAGCGACAAAAAUGUAUUCUCUCGUAGUUAUGGAAGCAGAAGUCCCAAAUCUAGGUGUUCUCAUGACCAUGUUUCUUUCAAAGUGUCUCAUUUUCCUUGCCUCUUCAGCUUCUGGUAGCUCCAGGUGUUUCGUUCCUUGGCUUGGGGCUCCAUGUCUUGAGCCUCCUAUGGUCUUCUUAAUGUGCAUCUGAAUCUCAAAUCUCCCUCUACCUUUCUGCUGUAAGAACACUUGUGUGCAAAUAAUGGCCAACCAUAUGAGAACAGGCAAAGAUUAUUUGUUCAGAGUUUGCUAUGGCAAGGAAGUCGGCCACCAUCACUUGUGGGUUGGCAAAGUAGGAAAGCUUUAUAGUGGAAAAAAAGGAAAUCUUCAAGUAUACCCUGAUUAGAGGCAAUUGGCGUGGGGAAGCUGUAAGUGGGCUAACUAGAAGCAAGGCAUCCUAUGCGAUUGGCUAAGUGUGCAUAUUUGGCUUUCUCUGAUUGAUCCCAAGAUAGAAGUGGUGACAAAAAUUAGGGAAGCUGUCAGUUAUUCAGCAAACCAGCAAACACUGGUCUUUUGGGGCCAGUUGUUACAGAAGUUUUUGUUUGGCUUCUAGAAUUGUUAUUAGAGAUAGUGGUCUGGCUUCCUACAAGCCUGGCUUAUAGACAGCAGGAUGGUUUCCUGGUCUGGUUACUGUAGGAAACAGGUUGGUUUCCUGAGUUGGUUGCUGCCAAUUGUAGGUCAGAAUUCUGUAUUUAUAUAUGGUCUGCCCACUGUUUGCAUAGCCCAUCUCUCACCUGUCAUUGGAUUUAGGGCUAAUCCUAAAUCCAGGAUGAUCUCAUUUCAAGAUCCUUAACUACAACUGCAAACACCAUUUUUCCAAAUUAGCACAUUCACAGAUUCUGGAGUUUGGAACAUGGACAUAUAGGUGUGGGGGCACCAUUCAACCUACAAGCUCCUCUUGGUUAGAAAUCAUGCUUACUUGUACACAGAGUAAAAAAACAAAAGAACAAAAAAACCUUGCUUCUUACUGUCCUGAAUGAAACACGUAGGUAGGCUGUGACUGGAUUUCAUCAUACACCUAUCAUUUCUAUUUGAAACAGUUGCCUAGCUAUCCCUUAAAGCUUGGAUUCAAGCUGCGGAUCAAUCUUUGUAUGUUUACACUUUAAAACAAGACAUCUUGGUAGUCCAUUACUAGCGGAACAUUCAGAGAAAUCUCACCUUUUGUAGAAAGUUAGAAGCAGGGUGGUUAAUGUAUUAAUGUUGCCUGUAUUGUCUUUGAUAGGAAGUUAAGGAACACUGCAAAUCCUGGGUUUUUUUCUUUCUGUUUUCAGCAUCCUGAAACCUUAAUCACAUUGCCUAGUCAAAGAAGAGAGUAAUGACUACUCUUAGCAGAUCCCAACACACUAGUAUAUAAUAGGCACAAAAAAAGGUGAAUCAAAAAGGGGGAAGAGACACAGAAGAAUGUCAGGCAACAAAGAAAUGAAGAGUCAAGGAAUUCCUGAAGAAGCUCUGGCUAACCGAGGCACGUCUUCAUUAACUGCUGCUGUAGAGCAAGUUGCAAAGCAACAACAAUCACAAACAUCAGAGAUAGAAAAAAAUAAAAAAGUUCUAUUCCAUUUGCAGGAUGAACUCCAUGAGCUUGAAAAACAAAUAGCAUCUGUCUCUGCAGAAACUAAAGAAACAGAAAGGAAAAUUUAUCAGCAAGAUGCUGCCAUCGAGAAUACCAAACUACAGUGUGGGAACCUGGAAACUCAAAUCAAAUCCUUACAUACAGAAAAUGUAAAGCUUAAAUUUGACAUAGAAGGAGCUCAAGAAGACUUUGAGGAACACAUGAUAAGAUAUAAUGAAUAUUAUGCAAAAAUAAAAGAGCAUAAAGAUAGUUUGUGGGAGGCUGGAAGCAAAAGGUCAUUCAUGACUACACUCCAUGAAAAACGAGAUCUUGUUAGAAAACUAAAAACAAUGAAAGAGGAACUUAUGCAAAAUCUCAAAAAUCCAGAAGGAAACCACAUAAAACAAGCACAGGAAGACAUUAUAAAGCUGAAGGCUAAAAUUAUAGCUGUAAAAGAAUCUAUCAUUGAAAAAACUUUCUUUCUUGAGGAAGAAGAAAAGACACAUGAAAAAUUAAGAAAAGAAAUAGAGGUACAACAUAAGAGAUAUAAUGCAAUUCUUAAGCGUUUGCAUUGUCAAGUGAACAAGCUUCAGUCAAAUAGAAGACAAUGGCAAUCUAACAUUCAACAACUGGAAAAAACUGCAGCUGAACUGAGAAAACGCAUUGGAAUGAAAUACUAACGUGGCUAAAGGGCAAUGUAGAGCAUAGACUAUGCCAACAAAACAGAAAAUUCUUUGGAUUCUUAACAACCAGCAUCUACUACCAGAGGUCUGUCUUAAUAACAGAUGUAUUUUCUCUCUCUCUUUUUUUUUUUUUGAAUCAGUUACCUGUUUACCUUCCAAGCCUACAAUUGACAACAGUAGAGAGACAAUAGGAAUGCUUAUGUAAGAAUAGUGCAAGAUUCUAUAUAAACAUUUUGAGUGUAUAAGAUAAACUGUACUCAUGAUUCUUAUUUUAUAAAUGUGUUGUUUGCACUAUCAUAUGAGGUAAAAAUUUAGAAGGAAACACUUGAAGUUAUAAUGAUUU